AUGUCUGACGUUCAGAAGCCCGUUGAGGAGGUCCCAGCGGCCGUCCCUGCCACUGAAACCACCGAGGCCUCUACUACUACUGAGGCUUCCGCUGAGGUUCCCGCUGCUGAGGAGACUCUUGCCACCGAGGAGGCUGCUAAGCCCGCGGAAGAGACCAAGCCUGAGGAGGCGAAGGAGGAGACCAAAGAAGAGGUCAAGCCCGCUACUGAAGGUGUCCUUGGCCACAAGGCUCCCGGCCUGAUCAAGAGCCUCCGCUUCUCCAAGCGUUUCUUCUACUUCAGCGAUGAACCCACCGAGUCCAAGAACUUGUCUGUUUUCCACCAGAAUGAGAAGCCCGCCACUGCCAACCCCACUGCUGCUUGGGCCACCCAGACCGGCAAGGGUCUCUUGUUCCAGACCAAGCGCGCAGAGGACAAGGCUACUCCCGCUGGCAUCUUCAACCUGGCCGAUGUGACUGAUCUCGCCAAGGAGGGCUCCCACGAGUUCAUCUUCAAGGUCGCUGGCCAGAAGCACACCUUCCAGGCCGCCAGCGCUGCCGAGCGCGACAGCUGGUUCGUCGCUCUCGAGGCUAAGGCCGCUGAGGCCAAGGCUGAGAAGGAAGCCAUUACCUCUAGCGAGGGCUACAAGGCUGAGCUUGAGAAGCUGACCAAGCCUGCUGUUGUUGCGCCCGCUGCCGCCGCCGCCACCACCACCACCGACAAGGCUGAGGAGCCCAAGGAGGGUGAGGAGGCCGCCAAGCCCGCUGAGGAAACCGAGGCUAAGGCCGAGGAGCCUAAGAAGGAAGAGGCUGCUCCUAAGAGCCGCUCCAAGUCCCGUCAGCGCUUCAGCAUUUUCGGCAAGAAGGAGGCCGAGAAGAAGGAGGAGAAGAAGCCCGAGACCAAGGAGGAAACUCCCGCUGCCGCUGCCACUGCCGAGGAGACCAAGCCCACCGAGACCGAGGUCCCUGCUGCCGAGGCGGCUGUUGAGCCUGCUGUUGUGGCCCCCGUCGCCGAGGACGCCGCUAAGCCCGCUGAGGAGGAGGCCAAGCCUGCUGAAGAGGAGACCAAGGAGGAGACCAAGAAGGAGGAGGACAAGAAAGAGGAGCAGAAGAAGAAGCGCACUUCCGUCUUCGGUUCUUUCUUCCAGAAGGUCACCAGCCCUGCCCAUGAGAAGUCCGAGAAGGAGGCCACCGCCCCUGCUGAGGAGACUGCUGUUGCUACCUCCGCUCCCCAACUCGAAAACCCUGUCGAGGAGGCCGAUGUCAAGCCCAUUGAGCCCGAGAGCGUGACUGCCCCGGCUGAGGGUGAGGCUGCCAAGGAAUCCGCUCCCGAGACUCCUGCCGAGGCCACCACCCCCAAGGACAAGCGCCGCACUUCUUUCUUCGGCUUCGGCAAGAAGGAGAAGAAGGCUGACUCCGACAACGAGGGUACCGACAGUGAGGCCAAGGAGGGUAAGAAGGGCAACAAGCUCGGCGGUCUCUUCCGCAAGCCCACCAACGCUAAGAAGGUCGCUGCGGACUCCAAGGAGGAGACUAAGGAGGAGGACAAGAAGGAGGAGACCACCGAGGCUCCUGCUGCUGAAGCCGCCACCGAGGAGACCCCUGCGGUCGUCGCCGAGGAGCCCAAGCCGGCCGAGGCUACUGCCGCCGAGGAGACCAAGAACGUCGAGGUCCCUGCUUCCACCCCCGUUCAGGCUGCUGCUUGA